AUCCAGACAGGCCGCCUCACUCAGGGCGCAGUCGCAUCUGUCGCCUGUAUAGCCGAGAAGGCAUUUACACGAACCAUCGCACUGACAAACUCCGCGCUCAGGGCCUCCACAGACCUGGUUGUCAUCGGAGGACCGUCUACAGGCGGCCCGGUCGCAUUCGCAAAAAUUGCCGUCGUAGCGGCCAAGAUCACACUUGCAAAUCCCGCAGAUACAGCGGCCCCGAGAGCUGCAGACCUUUCGAACGGGGUGAGCGAAUCACAGAAUUCCAAAUAAAGAUGGGACGGGGGAAAAAUGGAGAGAAGUUGGAGAAAAAGUAG